ACGCUGUUGGAGCCCACUGUGGUGUGCUUGUGGAAUCUCUCAGCGCAGUUUCUGACUGGAGAAGGACGCAGCCGCACCUCUGCUUUAUUUUCAUUACUUAUUUAUUUAUUUAUACUUUAUUCACAAACACUCGACACGUUAAGGAUACACUUGAACAAAAAUAACACUCCUGUUUCCUCUGUAAUGAACGCAGAGAACGGGAAAAGCCUUGUUCCCGGGUUAACAGCCUGACGCCUGCUUGUUUGGCUACAUCACUGGCUAAGAGUGAAUCAUCCUUAGCUUAGCUAACAUUCCAACCGAGAUGCUUCGCGUUAAGCUGGAGGCCUAAAACCCUAAUCUUUUAGUCGUUUUGAAUUUCAGACAACAACAUAUCCGUCUCAUAAUGGAAGAAAUUCUCCGAAAGCUUCAAAAAGACGCGUCUGGGAAUAAAUAUAAAGCUAUUCGUGAUGGUUGUGCUGUAGCCUGUGAAACCCUGGAGGCUCAAAAUGGAUCGGUUAAGACAUCAGCAUCGAAGGUCAGGGAGAGAUGCCUUUUCCCACUUAAACUUGCACUCGAGUCCAAAAACCCAAAGCUGGCCCAGACAGCUCUCACAGGAAUGCAGAAGAUCCUGUGUGAGGAUCGCUUUGUCGCUGUGGAGCCAGAAGUGCCAGAGAAGCAGCUGUUAAGUCAAAUGCUGGAUGCCAUCAGCGUGACCCCCAUGCUUCAUGAAGAUCUACAGGUGGAGGUCAUGAAGGUCUUGCUUUGUAUCACAUACUCCUCCAGCUUCGAGUUCAACGGCAACAACAUCCUGAGGAUUGCCGAGGUGUGUAUCCAGACAUACAUAUCAAGUUGUCAUCAACGCAGCAUCAACACAGCAGUAAGGGCCACUCUUAGUCAGAUACUAGGAGACCUUACCCUUCAACUACACCACAGACAGGACAGCUCGGGUGCAGAUGAACGGGAGCGUACAGUGCCUACAAGCAAACGCAAAGACUUUUCUCCCACCACAGCAGCGCUAUAUGAGGACGUAGUGACUGUCCUCACUGUAUUCUGUGAAAAACUCGAGUCCGUUUCAAGUGAGAACCAGCUGUUGCAGCUGCUGUAUCUAGAGUGCAUUUUAGCCAUGCUCAGCAGCUGCCCUCCCACAAUGCACCUGAACCGCAACUUCACAGAUCUCGUCUGGAAGCAGCUGUGUCCAGUCCUGGUGGUGAUCACGGGCAACCCUGUGAAUGACAAGACCAUCACCUCUGCUCACGGAGCUCCAUCACAGGAGGUGGAUGCUGCACUGGGGUCAGGGGUUAGUGAUCAGGGCCGGGGUUCUGGCUGUUCCUCCAGCGCCCCUGCCAUGAUUGGACCAGUGAUCCGCACCAUCUGCUACAUUGCAGCCGAGCUUGUGCGGCUAGUGAGCUGUGUGGAAUCCAUGAAGCCUGUGCUGCAGUCUCUCUACCACCGCAUCCUGCUCUACCCGCCUCCACAGCACAGAUUGGAGGCCAUCAAGAUCAUGAAGGAGAUCCUCGGUAGCCCGCAGCGCUUGUUUGACCUGGCUGGCCCAUGUGUGAUUGAGCCCGAGACCAGGAAGAGAUCCUUCUCGAAGAGGAAAUCACAUCUUGACCUUCUUAAGUUGGUGAUGGAUGGCAUGACGGAGGCCUGUGUGAAGGGUGGCAUUGAGGCUUGUUAUUCCUCUGUUUCUUGUGCAUGUGCACUAUUGGCUGCCCUCGACGAGCUCAGCCAGGGACGUGGCCUGCAUAUAGACCAGGCACAACUUUUGCUGCGUCGAUUGGAUGACUUGAAAGAAGGGGCGGAGUUGUCGAGGGAAUCGGUGGAGGUCAAUGAGGCCGACUUCCAUUGGCAGCGGCGCGUGCUGUCCUCUGAAAACACCACCUGGGAGACUGCCAUUCCUGAACGCAGCCCUGACAUCAGCAUCAGCGUCACCACUGACACAGGCCAGGUUACUCUUGAGGGGCAUCUGGGCCGAACCACACCAGAGGAGUGUGGAGAUGAUGCACGAUUACCUUCGCCUUCCAGCUGUGGAGGUGCUGCAGGGGAAAGUGGUGCCCCUCCAGAUGUAGUGCAGCGCAGCCAUGCCCUGGCCUACCCAGACCUCACCAACUUCCUGUCAGUGGAGUCUCGUAUGCGCUCACAUGGCUCACGCUACAGCGAGAGCAAUUUCAGUAUGGAUGAGCAAGAGCUCUCACGCACAGAAUUCGACUCAUGCGAUCAGUACUCCACGGCUGCUGAGAAGGACUCAGGACGCUCUGAUGUUUCAGAUGUUGGUUCAGACAAUGGCUCAUUGGCUGACGAUGAGCAGACACUGCGCCAUGUCCCCGCCCAUCGUUCACUGCGAACCGCCGCACUUUCGCUCAAGCUGCUGAAGAACCAGGAAGCGGACCAGCAGAGUGCCCGCCUCUUUGUUCAGUCUCUGGUGGCAUUGUUGCCACGCCUUCUGGCCCAGCACAGCCCUACUGAUGUGGAUGUCACGCUACAAAACUUCUCCUCGACCUUCUGCUCGGGCCUGCAAGUAGGUGGGAUUCACUCUCCUGCCUUCGAGGGCAGUGAGAAUCUGAGCUGCCAGGCUCUGAUGAAUGCAGAUGGAUUAUAUUUGGUGUCCUACUACGCCUUGCUCCUCAACCUCAAACUCAGCACCUGUGGAUACUACCAAAAGAAACCUGCUUCUCCCAUUGUCACUCUGAAAGAGUUUGUGCAUCAGAUACAGAGCAGUGGUGUUCUCGUGGUGCUCUCCCAGGCCUGGAUAGAGGAACUGUACCGCCAAGUGUUAGAGAGAAACCUGCUAGGGGAGGCUGGAUACUGGGAGUCUCCUGAGGAGCACUCGCUCCCUCUUAUCACCAUGCUCACAGAUAUUGAUGGACUUGGCAGCAGUGCUAUAGGAGGUCAGCUGAUCAGAAGAGCCUCCUCACAGUCGUCCUUUACAAGUGAUAAGAAAGACAAUAACACCAUGUUGGCAGGUAUAGUGUUUGCACGGUACAUCCUGAUUGGCUGCUGGAAGAACCUGAUUGACACUCUGUCUACUCCUCUGACGGGCCGCAUGGCGGGAAGCUCACGGGCUCUGGCCUUCAUCCUGGGUGCAGAAGGCAUUAAAGUGCAGAACCAGAGGGAGAGAGAAACCAUCUGUCUCAGUCUUGAUGGCCUGCGCAAGGCUGCUGCACUCAGCUGUGCUCUGGGUGUGGCUGCCAACUGUGCCUCAGCUGUAGCUCAGAUGGCAGCAGCUUCCUGUGUCCCAGAGGAAAAAGAGGAGAAGGAUCAGGGUGAAGCUGGUGAUGCUAUUACUCAAGUUAAGUAUAGAAUGGAGCAGAAACUGGAGCAGAUGGGUCGGAGUCAGGGAGUGAAGCUGCACACUGCUCACAUGCUCUGCAUGGACGCCAUCCUCAACGUGGGUCUAGAGAUGGGCAGCCAUAAUCAUGAUUGCUGGCCACAUGUGUUCAGAGUGGUGGAGUACGUGAGCUCACUGGAGCACAGCCACUUCAGUGAUGGGAGUUCUCAGCCUCCUAUGACCAUCACGCAGACUCAGCAGGCUUCAUCGAUAAUGGGAAAUCCGGAGCUGAGCGUGGAGUCUGUCCCUGAGCUGGAGUUGAGCCUGAGCCACCCAGUCAUCCAGCCCACUUCCAUCCAGGAGCUGUUGCGUGAAAACAGCAGUGCAAAAGGUUUUGAUCUGCGGGGCGGCAGUCUCCUGACAGGCAACAGCGCUGCUAAAGUUGUCUGCACACUCUCCACACAGGCGGAUAGACUGUUUGAAGAUGCAGUGAAUAAACUUAACCUGGUGGGUCUCGUGGGUUUCCUACACCAGCUGAGGAAAGCUUCACAAUCCCAGCUUUUCAACUCAGUCACAGAAACUGGGGACUACUCCUUAGCCAUGCCAGGGGAGGCUAAAUCAACACAAGACAAGCGCAGUGCUCUUCACCUCUUCAGGCUGGGUGAGGCCAUGCUUCAUAUCGUAAGGAACAAGAGCCGGCCGCUUCUGCACAUGAUGCGAGCCUGGAGUGUAGUGGCUCCUCAUCUGGUGGAGGCUGCGUGUCAUAAAGAACGGCACGUAUCCCAGAAGGCAGUGUCAUUCAUCCAUGAUGUGCUGUUGGAGGUGCUGAGCAGCUGGGCCGAGCUUCCCCACUUCCACUUCAACGAGGCGCUUUUCCGGCCCUUUGAGCACAUCAUGCAGCUGGAGCUCUGUGACGAGGAUGUACAGGACCAGGUGAUCACAUCCAUUGGGGAGCUGGUGGAGCUGUGCUCUCCUCAAAUUCAGUCAGGCUGGAGGCCGCUCUUCAGUGCUCUCCGCACUGUGCAUGGAAGCAAGAAUGACAUGAAGGACUAUCUGAUUGGAGAAUACUCUAUGGGCAAAUCCCAUGCACCUGUUUUUGACGUCUUUGAGGCCUUUAUCAACACGGACAACAUUCAGGUUUUUGCCAAUGCAGCAACUGACUACAUCAUGUGCCUUAUGAAGUUUGUGAAGGGGUUGGGUGAGGUGGAUUAUAAGGAGAUAGGAGAUUGCGUUCAUGCGAAUGGAUACAGCUCUACAGACCUGUGCCUUCCUGCCCUUGAUUAUCUGAGGAAGUGCUCGCAGCUGCUAGCCAAAAUCUACAAAAUGCCUUCAAAGCCAGUGUUCCUGGGUGCACGGCUGGCCAGUCUGCCCAUGAGAGCCCAGGAGCGCUCAGUUAGCAGCGAGGAUGGUAUGGACUGUGUUCUAGCCGAGUUCGAUGAUGACACAGGUCUGAUCCAGGUGUGGAUCUUGCUGUUGGAGCAGCUCACUGCAGCCGUGUCUAAUUGCCCUCGUCAGCACCAGCCACCCACACUGGAACUGCUGUUCGAGCUGCUCCGAGAAGUCACUAAAACACCAGGCCCAGGCUUUGCCAUUUUCUCAGUCAUCCAGCUCCUUCUUCCCGUCAUGUCGCUGUGGCUCCAGCGAAGUCAUGGAGAUUACUCAUACUGGGACAUCGCAGCUGCAAACUUUAAGCAUGCCAUCGGGCUUUCAUGCGAGCUGGUGGUGGAACAUGUUCAAAGUUUUAUUCAUUCAGAUAUGGGCUACGAGAGUCUUAUUAACCUGAUGUUGAAGGACUUAUUCAAGCUGCUGGUGGCUUGUGUGGCUGAACCUGCAGAGAUCAUCUCCAGAGUUGGCUGUUCCUGUAUCAGAUAUGUUCUGGUGACAGCUGGUCCUGUGUUUACGGAGGAGAUGUGGAGGCUGGCCUGCUGCGCCCUACAAGAUGCCUUCUCAGCUACGCUUGAACCUGUCAAGAAUCUGCUUGCGUGUUUUCGGAGUGGUUCUGACACGUUCACAGGGGACGCGUGUGAGGUGAAAGUAGCCGCCCCGACACACUCUGCUUCUGCUGAGGCUGAGUACUUGAGGAUCCGUGCCAUGGCACAGCAGGUCUUUAUGCUGGACACUCAGUGCUCUCCUAAGACUCCCAGCAGUAAGGAAGGAUUUGAGCAUGCUCAGUCAUGUGUGCUCAUCAUUGAACUUCCUGCAGACCAGCAGUCCAAUGGCCACGUUCAGAAGAGGAUUCCGUUCAGGACGAUUGUGGUGAGCUUGCUGUCCCACCAGGUGCUGCUGCAGAACCUAUAUGACAUCCUGCUGGAGGAGUUCGUGAAGGGCUCCAGCAGCUCUGAGAGCCAGGAUCGCUUAACACCCGUCUCAGAGCCCAAAGCCUCUGGUUUUCUACGCUACAUCUCCAUGCACAAUCUGGCCAUUAUCUUGGACCUCCUGCUCGACUCGUACCGCACGGCACGGGACUUUGACACACGUCCUGGUCUGAAAUAUCUACUCAUGAAGGUGUCAGGGGUGUGUGGAGCUGCUAAUCUGUACCGCCAAUCCGCAAUGAGCUUCAAUAUCUACUUCCAGGCUCUGCUGUGUGCCAUGCUGACCAACCAGGAGCAGAUCACUGUGGAGCAGGUGAAGAAGAUCCUCAGUGAGGAGGAAGAGGAAGAGGAGGAGGGCAGCUCUGAUUCGUCACAAGCCUGCUCGUCCGAGGACGAGGACAUGUUUGAGGAGACGGCGCGUGUGAGCCCACCACGCCGGUGGCGUACGCGCCUGCCUGCGCUGAGCACCCAGCCUGCCAGUGGUGCCGACUGGGCGUGGCUGCUCAAACGCAUGCACAAGCUCUGCAUGGACCUCUGCACAAACUACAUUCAGAUGCACCUAGACCUGGAAAGCAGCACCGAGGAACCACCUCCCACCACACGUCCUGACAGCAUGUUCUUUCUACCCCUCUUCCCCUCUGAGAGCUCCACCCCGUCAACAGGCGGCCAUUCAGGACGUGGGACACCCUUGGAGGACAACCCUCGCCUUCAUGUGCCCACCACGCCCUCCUCAGAGGAGGAGGAAAGGAGGAGGAAGAAGGAGUGGUGGGAGAGCGCCAGCAACAAGCUUUACACCAUUGCUACUGACAAGACCAUCGCCAAGCUGAUGAUGGAGUAUAAGAAGCGCAAGCAGCAGCAGCAGCAGCAGCAGCAGCAGCAACAGACCCAUGGCUCACUGACGAAGAAGGCAGGAGAGAGGAUGACUCCAGAAUCGCCUGGGCCACAAAGACCUCAGCAACUCCUCGAUCAGCGGACCAUGAGGCACUCUUUUAGCGCCGGACCAGAACUACUGCGUCAGGACAAGAGGCCACGCUCAGGUUCUACCGCCAGCUCACAUAGCAUCUCCCUCAGAGACUCCGAGGCACAGAUACAAGCAUGGACCAACAUGGUCCUCACCAUCCUGAACCAAAUCCAGCUGUUGCCAGAUGCCACCUUCGUGGCCCUGCAGCCGGCCAUGUUCCCCUGCAUCAGUCAGCUGACGUGUCACGUGACUGACCUCCGCGUGCGGCAAGCGGUGCGAGAGUGGCUGGGACGCGUAGGACGUGUUUAUGACAUUAUCCUGUGAGGAGCUCGUUGCUUUCAUGUUUAUUUUCAUUCUUGGGAUUUGCUGACUGGGAUACAAAGCGUUUCUUUUAGCCUUUUUUGUAUGCAAAUGUAUUUAUCGUUGUAUUUUGUGGUCUCCGUAUUCUGUGAACAUACAUAUCUAAAUGCUUUGCAGAACAAUUUCAUUCAGAAUGUUUACUCUGUUUAAUUAUCACAUAGUAUUGACUACUCCGAUUUGUAUUACUUUCGAUUCUUAUCCGAUUAUUUAUUGUCUGUCAGUUAGCUUUAAUAUUUAUUUCCAGUGAAUAGGAAACCAUGUUUACUUUAUGCACUUUAUGUACACUUAUUAGUAAUGUGAGUUUAGUGCCACUGAUACUGGCUUAUUUGCCACACAAAAAGUCACAUGACAUGGAGUCAGAAUUCAGUCAUAUACCUUACAUGUUGCUGCUGUCAAAAAUUAUUCUAAAACUUCUUUGUUUUAGAUCUAAAGUUCAUUUAAUCUCAAAGUGUUAAGAGUUGCAAAGGAAUUGCCAGUUGAUUUUCUCAUGACAGCAUUGCAUUGCAAUAUACAAAUUCAGCAGUCAACAUUAUGGACUCCUGUACCAUGUAUUUUUACAUUACUACUCUUUACAGAGCACCAAAAUGAUCUCUAAUACAUUUUCACUCGAAUUAGAGGAUGGUGGGUUAAGCAAAAUCUUACUGACUGGCUGUCUAAUGCACACUUACUCUCUUAGUACUUACAGGACACAAAGAUGAAAUUAUGAUUUAUCCUGGUUUACAGAGAAUUCAGAUUUUCCACACUGAUCAACCUGAUUGUUGCAAUCAUGCCUCAAAGCAUCAGAUCUCCUUUACUGACUGUUGAGGUUUUUGCUCGAGCAUUUUCAUCUAGCAUUAUGAUACAACACUUCAUAUACUCUUUGUAUUUAAAUGUAUAUUUAAACUGUUCAGUGAAGCAUAUUUAAUCCUUCAAAUAUGCUCUGCUAAAGUUUUUUUUUUUUUUGCUUUAAUGUCAGACUUUAAUGUAAGGUCAGUGGUCAGUAACCAUGAAGCUUUAACUUUAAAAAUGCUGGUUCAUAUUAUCAUUAUACGUUCCCAAACCCUGCUUAUGUAUUAGUCUUGUAAUUUGUGUAUAACAGUUUUUCAUGUUACGUGUAUGCAUCAAGGGAAUGAUUUGUUGUGCUCCUCUGCAGUGCUUAAAUACUGCUUUCAAAGAACCCAAGACAGUAAUCUGAGAAAACCACAUUCAAGAUAUUUCUGAGUACACACUACUUAUUUUUAACCCUGUUCUUUUCAGUCUAAAAAUAAAAUAUGUUAUAUGGCCAAAAGGUUGUUGAGACCUGACCAUCACACCCAUAUGUGGGUCUUCCCCAAACUGUAGCCACAAAUUUGGAAAAGUAAUGUUCCAGCAGCACUUAUGCUCUUGUAGCUGAAUGAGCACAAAUCCCCACACCCAUGCUCCAAAAUCUAGUGGAAAGCCUUCGCAGAAGAGUGGAGGUUGUUAUUUAUUAUUAACAGCAAAGCAGGGAAUAAAUCUGGAAUGGGAUGCUCAACAAGCAUAUAUGGGUGUGAUGGUCAGGUGUCCACAUACUUUUGGCCAAAUUGAUUCUGCUGUUUUAAAGCAGAAUCAAUUCACUUUACGACAAACCCCCGCAUACAGUACUUCAGUAAAAUGCUUCAACCAAGAAAGUUAAACUAUGCUGAAUUUGAAUGUAAAGACCUCUAAUCACACAUUUCUUUGUAUUGUUUGAUGUAACUGUACUGGUGAUGAAAAUGACCAAAGACCUGCACUGAUAUGACUUGAUUGGAAGUGUUUAAAGCUUGUUCUUAGCAGUAGGAGCUUGUAAUGUUUCCACUGUUUUAAGAGGCAGAUAUGGCCUUGAGAGAGGGAUGCGUCUGCUAUGGGAUGAUGGAUGUAUUCUUGAAGGACCUGCAUUUUCCCUUUUCUUUAUUACAAAAGUCACAUUUUCAGCACUGCCAUUCAAACACUAUUUGAUAAUAGUGUUUCAGGUUUUCAGUUUAGCAGAAACUAGAACGAAGGCUCAAGAUUUGUGUAUAUUUUGACUAUUUGCACAGACGUAAUUACACCAACAGUGCUGUCUGCUGGUGUUUUCUUUAUUCGAAAUGUAAAAUUGGACUAAAAAUGCAGCUGAAAAUAUCUUGCUCCCUUUUGAAAAAGUUACAUGUUUGUUUAAAGAUAAACAUUUUGCCUAAAACAUAAAAUGGUUCCACCUUUUAACAUAUCACCGCAAUUGACGUUAUAAAAGGAAUAGUAUUGGAUCCAAAAAAAAUCUGAUCGAGCUGCAAUCGAAGCUGAAAUAUUUGAAUUCUGUAUUAACGCACUGGGUUUUAAAACAAUGAAAGUGGUUCGAAUACCCUCGUCUUUGGCUGUUACGUUGCUUAGCUACCAAAGCUUACUGUUAACAGACUACAUUGCGUUGUUUAUCACAAAUUCAUUAAUAAAAAUAAAUUCAGUUAUUUAGUGAACACCAGAUUUUAUCAUAUUGUUUUUGUUAGUUUUAUAACAGAAUCAAAUUAAAUGGCACUAAGCCUUAAAAAUAAAGCAAUAAGUGACGAGAGGGAGUGUUACACAGAUUUUAUCACCCCGCUUUGCGUCAUGCCUAAGAACACCUUAUCUGUGAAAAAGUCGCUGUAACGCACGCCCUCUCGUGGCUUACUGCUUUAUUUUAAAGCCUUACACCUUAGUGCCAUUAAUUUGAUUGUGUUGUGCUAUUACACUAGUAAACCAUGGCUCAGUGGCACUCGAGUGCUUGUGUGACUAUAACGCUGCGCUACAUAUUCUCCUGAUUAUGAGGGCUUUCGAUGAUUUGCUAAAGGCACAACAUGUAUUUUUUUCCUUUUUAAACAGUUAUAAAUCACAAAAAGGCGCAUUAUUUACGAUUACUCAUUUUAUGUGACAAAACAAUCAGACUACUGUAGUAUACUGUAUGUGCACAUGCUAAAUAUACAUUUGCCAGAUGACGAUUUAUGUUGUAUGUGUGUAAUGUGGAAUAAAAAAGUAAAUAUA